AUGACGAGUAUCAAAAGAUCAAGGAAAUUACCGCCAGAAAAAAGGCAGAAAGUUUCUACAGCAUGUGAUGGGUGUAAGAAGAGAAAGUUUAAAUGUAGUGGAACUAAUCCAUGUAAAGUAUGUGUUGACAAAGGAGUUGAAUGUAGUUAUAGUAUAACCGAUAAGAGGAGUUUAAAGGGUCAAAGAUUAGCCAUGGAAAGACAAAAGAAUCUUGAGUUUGCUAAUACUACUACUAUACCUGGGGGAUUAACUAUUGAAGAUGAUGGAAUUUUAGGCGGCAGUAGCACUAUUUCAACUCCGUCAAAUAAUUUGAAUGAUCAGGACAAAACCACCCAGCCUCCCUCACCAAUUUCAACAGCUACCGGCAAUGUAAACAUUACAACGGAGCCGUACCACAAACUUAACUCAAACGUCAGAAUUGAUGGAAGUACAAAAAUUGAAGUACCGAAAAUUCCUGAUUUUACAACUUUACCAUCACCUUCAAUAUCUCCCAAAACUUCAGUCUCCAAUUACAACCAUAAAGGACUUUUCCAGUCUUCUGAUAAAUUAGUACUUAACCUUUCAUCCAAUUUUAAUUCCAUUUUUAACGAUUUCAAUCAACUCGAUUUGAAUAAUGAUAAUUUUCCUCCCAUAGCUUACGACUCCAACUUCAUAUUAAAAGAUAUAACUUUAACUAAUUUACCACCCAAAUCAUCCAUCGAAUACUUAAUGUCCAAAUCAUUCAAGAAAUUUGAAUAUUUGGAAAUUCUUCAUUUCAAGGAGAUUUCCGAUAUCAUUCAUAACAUCUACGAUUUACAUCAACAGAACAACAGAGAUUAUAUAUUAUUAUACUUGGUGCUAUCAUUGAGUGAAGAAAUACCUGGAGUUAAUGCGGUGGCUCCUACCACAGGGGAUUUCUUGAAAACUGAAUUUUUCAAAAGUGCCUUAUAUUUACUCAACAAUGAAUAUAAUCUUGAACCUGACAUUUGGUUGAUCCAAUGUCAUUUGUUGAUAUAUCAUUUCUACAGAGAGAAAAAUGAUCUUAAUAAGUGUUAUAUCCAUCUCGGGACAUCUAUAAAUUUCCAAAAAUUAUGUGACAAGGAUAAAAGAUUCUUCAAGAAAUUAGCCAUCGAAGACACUCUUUUGAGUUACCUAAUGGGGAAAGUUGGCCAUUUUAAUUUAAACUCUUUCAGUACAGAAGAUCAAGAACUUAAUGGCGACUCGUUGCUUCAGUUAGUUACCACCCUUAAUCAGAUUUUAAUUUUCUUUUAUAAUCAAAAUUUCUUAUCGUUGAAUAUUAUGAAAAUUAGAGAACUUUCCAUGAAUCUUAAAUCCUGGACCAUCAAUUAUCCUUCUAAUGAUUUCCACCUUGAUUUGAUUAAUCUUAUUUCAAUUCACCUUGUUUCAAGACCUUUAUAUUUAUUUCACAUAUUAUCCAUAACUCAUCCCGAUAUUUAUAAUGUUCCUAAUUUGAAAAAUCUUUGUUAUAAUUAUUUCAUGUGUUGUGUUAACCUGUCAAUUUAUGGUAUCAUAUUGAUUUCAAAUAAUCAAAGUCUUAAUGAUCUAGAACUCAAUUUACUCCACCAGAAUUGUCAGACUAUCUACACAGCCCUUCUUUUUUUCAAGAAAUUUAACAUCAAUUAUAAUUUCGACUUGAAUUAUCUUCAUUUUGUUCUUCAAACGGGAGCUUCGUUGUUACCUAACAAGGAAUUAUACAAGAAAAUAUCUCCUGAUCCGGUUCAAUAUACCUUCAAACUUAACUAUAUGGACUUGAAAAAUUUCUUGAAAAAUUUCAUCAACAAUGAUAUUGCCCCAACUUUCAAAAGAUCUAUCAGUUAUGAUUCCUAUGAUAAAAAUAUUGUCAACAAAUUGUCUUAA